UCCUCUCCUUCCCCCUCCUCCUCUCCCUCCCUCCUUCUUCCCCUCCUCUCCCUCCUUCCCCUCCCUCCCUCCCCUCCUUCCCCUCCUCUCCCCUCCCUUGUAUCCCUCCCCUCCCCAGCCACUACCCCCAGCCAGCCACUACCCCCAGCCAGCCACUACCCCCAGCCAGCCACACCCCAGCCCAGCCACUACCCCCAGCCAGCCUGCCCCAGCCAGCCACUACCCCCAGCCUGCCCACUGCCCCAGCCAGCCACUACCCCCAGCCAGCCACUACCCCAGCCAGCCACUACCCCCAGCUACCGCGAACGCCAGACCUUGCUCUUGUUGCAACCGAAUCGUACCGGUUAUGACUCGCCGAGGUCUUGA